CCCCCCCCCCCCCCACACCCCCCCCCAAUCUCCAUCCUCGUCAGUCUUCCACCUAAUAGAGCUUACAGUCGUUAAGAUUUAAACGGAAAAUGCUGGCCCGUGCCUCUCAACGCCUGCUUGAGAUCCGUCAAGCUUUCCGCCAGCUUCCUCAGGCGUCGCGAUCGUUCUCGACUGCGCUCAACUAUCAUAUUGAUAGUCCGGAUAAUAAUCCAGACCUUCCAUGGGAAUUUACUGAUGCGAACAAAGAAAAGGUAAAGGAGAUAAUCUCUCACUAUCCAUCCAACUAUAAGCAAUCUGCUGUGAUUCCUUUGCUUGAUCUUGCACAACAGCAACAUGGAGGUUGGCUCCCAGUUUCAGCGAUGGAUCACGUUGCUAAGAUAAUUGAAGUUGCUCCCAUCCGCGUAUAUGAGGUUGCAACUUUCUACUCGAUGUUCAAUAGAACGAAGGUUGGUAAAUACCACCUUUUGGUUUGUGGCACCACACCUUGCAUGAUACGUGGUUCUAGAGAAAUUGAAGACGCAUUACUGAAACACCUAGGAGUAAAGCGCAAUGAAGUAACUAAAGAUGGCCUGUUUUCUGUUGGAGAAAUGGAAUGUAUGGGAUGUUGUGUAAAUGCUCCAAUGAUUACAGUUGCUGACUACUCCAAUGGAUCUGAAGGAUACACCUACAACUAUUAUGAGGAUGUUACCCCGAAGCGCGUUGUUGAGAUUGUUGAGGCUCUGAGAAGAGGGGAGAAACCACCGCGUGGCACACAAAAUCCUCAACGCAUCAACUCAGGACCAGAAGGUGGGAACAGUACAUUGUUAGGCGAGCCUAAGGCUCCUCCAUGCCGGGAUCUUGAUGCUUGCUAAAUAAGUUGAUUUUCCCUCAUUGUUCCUAAUAAUGAUGAAAAAUUGUUGGAAGCUCGGAGCAUCUGUAGGAUGUAAGCUGUUGAUUACCCGAAUGAAUUCAAGAUUUCAUGUUUUUGUUGGCUCUUUAUGCCAGUCAUGAUAUGGAAGGAGUUUUUCGGAGAGUUGUUCAUUUUUACAUCAGGUGAUAAUGUUAUUGCCACCAAAAUAGACCUCGAAAACCUUGUACUAGCAAAUCCUGGGUAUAAAAUAACCUCGCUUGUGUGGUAA